AACGCGUAUUCAACAUGGCGUCUCACAGAACUGCUUGACUUCUGGCUACAAGACCAAAACAAAGCUGAAGCUAAACAAUACGGUGUAGUGAGUUUAUAAUAAUAUAACAGGCAGGAGGAUGAAACUGUUGCUGAAUGUAUUAAAACGAAUACACAAACCAGCCGUUUACAGCAGUCAGCCCCGCUGCCGGAGCUCGUCUGCCCGCAGCGGCCUGCUGCCUCUCCGGGAUGAGGCUCUCAUCGUCGGGUCAAACCCGGAGCUGGUGCAGAGACUCGGGCCACAGGUGGAGGUGAGGACGGGCUUCAUCACUGAGGAGGAGGAGGGGGCUUUCAUGCAAGAGCUGGAGCUAGGCCUGAAGAAGAAACGCUACGAAUUUGACCAUUGGGACGGUGCUAUUCACGGGUACCGAGAGACUGAGCGAGUGAUGUGGGGGGAAAGGUGUGAGGAGGUCUUGAGUCGUGUUCGAUCUGGAGCGUUUCCUGAGGGGAGUCCUCUCCUCGGGCCGGUGCACAUUCUGGAUCUGGACAAGACUGGCUACAUCAAGCCUCACAUUGACAGUGUCAAGUUCUGCGGCAGCACCAUUGCUGGGUUGAGUCUCCUGUCAGACAGCAUCAUGCGCUUAGUGAAGGAGGAUGACGCCGAAGAAUGGCUGGACCUGCUGCUGCCCCGAUUCUCCCUCUACAUACUGAGGGACCAGGCUAGAUAUAACUUCACCCACCAGAUCCUGAAAGAUGAGGAGUCUGUUUUUAACGGACAGAGAGUGCCUCGGCUGCGUCGAAUCUCCGUCAUCUGUCGGAACCUUCCGGGUUAACAACCACUUCCUCUCAGCUUGGAAAUGAACAAUACAUAACAUAAAUAAAGAAUGAUGUCACUGAUCACCACUAAGAUCUAAAAA